UGUAGCGUUCUAGGAGUAAAAAAACAUCGAAGCAUCUUUGAACCAUUAAAAGCACUUUUGAACGGCUCAGAUUGUAUACUACAUCCCGGUGGUGCAAGGGUACGCUACAGGUCUGGUACAUGUUUCUUGUUUCAGUCUUCUUACAAGUCUAAGUGCUUCGUCUUCUCCGUCAUAUUUUGAUUGAAAGCUAUAUUGUAGUCUCCUUUCGUUGUACUAGCGUUAUCCUCCACAAUGUCAUCUCUAGCUUCUAUGAUCAAGUUAAGUACUGCAUUGAAACAAAAAACUCGAGCUCUAUCCAACAGUAUCGUUUCGAAUAUUAAUCUUUGCAGAACCCUUGCUAUUUCGGUGCUCGUCUUCUGCUUGGUCUGCCUAAUCUUUCUCGACUCUUCAAAUCGCUCGUCAUCUAAGUUCUUCUCAUAUCUGCACCCCAGACUCGCACCUUCAAAUCCUUACCCUAACCCUAACCGUUACCCCAGUCGUAGUGAUUCUCCCACUAAUAUUUCUCACCUUGUGUUUGGACUUGUAACUGCUGUAGUAACAUGGAUACCUAGGAAGCCCUACAUAGAUGCGUGGUGGCAGCCAAACGUGACGCGCGGAUACUUGAUUCUCGACAAGCCUCUCUCUGAGGAAUUCCUCCCAUGGCCUUCAACUUCUCCGCCUUACAGGAUCUCCGACGACACCUCCAAGCUCGAGAGAGAAUCCAGACACGUCGCGCCCAUCAUGGUUCGCAUGGUGCACGCGAUACUAGAGACCUUCCGGGAGGGGGACGAGGGGGUGAGAUGGUACGUGAUGGGGUUCGACGACUCCGUUUUUUUCGUGGAGAACUGGGUCGAUGUUCUGGCCAAGUACGAUCACACCAAGUACUACUACAUCGGGGAUUACUCGGAGAGCGUCUUGUCGAAUCUGUUCUUCUCGUUCGAUCAGGGGUUCGGCGGGGGCGGGAUCGCGUUGAGUUACCCUUUGGCUGCAGCCAUGGUGAAAGAUUUGAAAGGGUGUAUUAGGAGAUACCCUUUUGUGAGGUCAGCUGAUACAAUAAUACAGUUCUGUGUUGACGAGUUUGGAGUUCCUCUUACCGUAGAAAAGGGCAUUCAUCAGAUUGAUCUAGUUGGGGAUAUAUCAGGUUACUUAUCAGCCCACCCACAAUCCCCCUUACUCUCCCUCCACCACCUAGAUUUUGUAGACCCUAUUUUCCCUUCAAUGGACCGUUUCCAAUCCACAAACCACCUGAUGAAAGCCGCAAAAAUCGACCAAUUCCGUCUGCUCCAACAAACCAUCUGCUACCUCAAGCCCCAAAACUGGUCUUUCUCCGUCUCGUGGGGCUACUCGGUCCACAUUUACGAGCAAAUUCACCCGCGGAGCAUGCUGAAGAGGCCGCUGGAGACGUUUAGGCCGUGGGCUAGGAACGCGAAGCCGCCAAAGUUUAUGUUCAACACGCGGUGGCCUUGCGAAACUCCGAGGGUUUUCUUCUUUGAAUCUGGUGGGAAGACUUCAGGAAACCAGAUUGUUACUAACUAUGUUCUAUCUGCCUCGCCUGCCUACCCACCUUGUCAGUGGAAGGGGAAUAAUUCGACGGAUUACAUCAAGAAAAUUCAAGUUUUCUCAUCGGCAACUAAGCGCAAGAAGAUUGAAAGAAGUGAAUGCGGGGACAUUGUGCAUGUGAGUGGCUCAAACAUUGCGGUGGUCAAAUUAAGGGAUUGCAAGGAUCGUGAGAUUAUUGCUUGAAUAAUGAAAUAUUAUUGUAGCCAUCCCAUUAGUUUGGUUGGUAUAUAUAGCUGUAAAAUUUAUUACUAGUAUGGAACCAAUUUCACUCGUGGUUUAGAGCAUAAAUUUCAUAAUUUUGUAAAUGAGUUUUCUUUCAAAAUUAGCUUACUAAUUGCAUAUUCAAUACUUUGAGAACCCGUCACUUAGUGUUCCAGACCCCUCUUCUCCUAUACAAUCAUGUGUUGCACAUUUGGUCUUGGA